UCCUAUGCUGUGUCCUCUCCUGGGCGGUAGGGGGCGAUAGGUAGGCAUAAAUUGGUUCGUCUUGAAGGCAACCACCGACGAAGAGAUGUAAACAAGUGGCGGGCGGAACACGGAGCGUGUCUUCAUGGCUCGCAGGGCUGCUCCGCUGUGUCCUUUGCCCGGCUGUGCCCCCGGGGCGGUUUGGGCUGGGUUUGACGGGGCCUGGCUGCUGCUGCUCCGGGCCCUGGCGGCUCCGGGGGGCCCGGGCAGCCUCCGGGCGCUAUCGGUCUUCCACAGACAGCAGCAGGCUAACCCGGACACCUCACUCCCUAGCUUCAUAGAAACGCUGUGCCGAGACGAGAUCAGCGGUCCGGACUCCGGAUCUGAGCCGCUGACGGUGAAACCUCUCGUGUGCCUGUUUUCAGCAUCAUUCAAACAGAAUCUUCUGACCUUCCUCCAUGCGCUGCACCCUCUUCUUCCGGGGACCACCGUCCUCCGGCUGCUCAAAUGCCUCCGCCAGGACUCCCGUCCGAACCCCUGGGUCACGGCUCUGUGUGGACAGCUGGAGAGAAACGUGGCGCCCCACCUCUCCAAAGACCAGCCUCUGUGCACCAAACCAUGCAGCCGGAGGCUAAAGGAGAUAUCGGAACGUUUGGCUGGUUUCAGUGAGGCUGGGGGGUGGGCCAGCUGCUUUAGCGGACAAACGGUGGUCUCUGAAUCCCAGGGUGAGCCCGAUUUAUCUGAGUGGGGGACGCAGAGGAAGAGGAGCGCCGGUUUAGUUCAUCUGGACUCAGACUCUGAGGAAACGGGACAGCAGAGGAAAUGGAUGAAGUUGAACAACCCUGAUGUCGUCAUUGUGGAUUCAGACGAAGAUGGCGUUACAAACCUAACGGCAGGGCCGCCUGAAAGCGCUGCCUCAGCAGAAACGUCCGCACCAGAAAGUCAGCGCGAUGUCCUCCCCGUGCACAUGCAGGCUUCUGUUCUUCAAAUUAAAGAAUUACUAGAAAAUCAAGCGGAGUGGGACCAAAACUCCUCCGAUGUGUUCAAAGUCUUGAAUGACUGUGAUCCCCCCCAAGUGGAGCUGUUAUGCGUCACGCUGCGACUGUCGGACUUACCGGAACCCGCUCUGAUAAAACUGUGCAACAGCGUUCUGUCGCUGAGCCCUGACCUGAGCCACAGCACAGCGGCAUCCCUCAUCAAGAGCCUCCUGCUGCAGAAGGCCCUGUCCCUGUCAGAACCGGCCUCCAGAUGUCUGAUGACAGCUGUGACAUCACUGUGUAGCCACUAUCCCAGACCCAUGUGCCACGCCGUCAUCGGCCCAAUGCUGGAGGAGAAGGACAUGGGGCUCCCGCAAGCAGAGUUGCUGAACAGACUGAUAGAGGGCUGCCUAGAUCCCCACUACAAACUGCUCGUGUUUCAAAUGACAUUCAGAAUUACAUGGAGUGAAGCAGUGCUCUCUGUGAUCCACAGCUUGCUCAACUCCAAGCCUGAUUUGAAUGAGGACAUUUUCACACAGUUUAUAGAAGAGCUUGUCAACCAGGGUCCUCAGUUCAACAAGUCAGUGAAGUUUGCAAAGAUGAUGCUCACUGUUCUUGGCAAAUACAGCUACUAUGUGACCGAUGUACAUAAACAGUCCUUGACCAACUGCCUGAGCUCAAAUGAGACAUUCCUGAAGAAAUCUCUGCAAGCUGCUCUGAAACGAAUUGCGCACACAUGAUGCAUUAUUUGAAUUGUUCCAUGUUAAUAAACCUGUUGAAAAAGAAACGCAUGCAUCCAUCAGAAGUGCAGCAAUCACACUGAUUUAGCUAGACUGGUGCUAUGUUUUCAUUUAAAAUUCCAAGCUAUCAUAUUUCAUCUGGAUUUGAGUCAGGAAAGUUUGACCAGGUGGUUAAGUGUAAUUUUUAAGAGGCAGAAGUUCUACAUAAGUUCUACACAUGUAUAUUGUAUAAAUUAACAGUGCAUUUUCUUGAAUGGAAUGUUUAAAUAAAAGUUUGUGGUG